AUGAGCGCUUGCCACAAAGGAGGACAGUGGCAGCUGGUAUUGGAGCUUCUCACUGCGAUGUCUGGCGCAGGUCUGACCUCGGACGUGAUUAGCUUCAGUGCUGCCAUCAGUGCAUGUGAGCCGUCUGGCUUGUGGGAGCAAGUUCUGCUACUACACGCAGAGAUGGCCAGAUUUCAAGUGGUGCCUAACCGGAUCACCUACAGUGCUAGCAUCAGCGCCUGCAGGGCAGGUAAGUGGCAACUGGCUCUCGAUUUCUUCGAGACGAUGCAAGCGCGAGGGAUGGAAGCGGACGUCGUCAGCUUCAAUGCUGCGAUUAGUGCCUGCGAGGAGGCUGCACAGUGGCAGCUGGCCCAUCACCUGCUUUCGGAAAUGCGGACAGCCAGGAUGGCCGUGAACGUGAUAA